AUGCUAAGAUACAUUGCAAAACGAACAAUGGCUGAUUUAAGACCUCAACAAUUGAUUUCCAGCUACGAAGCUGUGAAGGGAGAAGUGCUGCAAUACGCAAAUCAAGUGGGCAACGGCAACGUCUCUCUAUUGCCAGUUUCGAAGCUCAAACCAGCUAGCGAUGUCCAGAUUUUGUAUGACCACUCCGUUCGGAGCUUUGGUGAAAACUAUGUGCAGGAACUUGUGCAGAAAGCAUCAAUUUUGCCCAAGGACAUCAAAUGGCAUUUCAUUGGUGGGCUCCAAACCAAUAAAUGCAAGGAUCUGGCUAAGAUUCCAAACCUGUUUGCGGUAGAAACCAUAGACUCGCUCAAAAAAGCUCAAAAGCUCAAUGAAGCUCGAGCAAAAUUCAAUCCGGACGCUAAUAAGAUCCAAUGCUACGUGCAAAUUAACACAUCUGGCGAAGCCCAAAAAUCGGGACUUUUGGCAGAGGAAGAGAUUUUGGAGACAGUCAAGUUUAUUCUUUCAAAUGAAGCUGCCAAUGUGGAAUUGGGUGGGUUGAUGACAAUAGGAUCGUGGGAAGUCUCGCAUGCAGCUUCGGAGCAAAAUCACGAUUUCGCAGUAUUGGCUCAAUGGAAAAAACAACUCGAUGCCAAAUUUGGACUCGAUCUCAAAUUAUCAAUGGGUAUGAGCGCGGACUACAAACAGGCUAUAAAUCAAGGAACUUCCCAGGUUAGGAUUGGUACCGAUAUCUUUGGUAGCAGACCUACGAAAAGUUGA